CGAGGUUUGGUCUUCGCGAGGUUUCGUCUUCUCGAACGCGGUAGAGGUCGUUUCCGGUCAGCCACGUCGCGAUGUGUGGGGACUGUGUGGAGAAGGAGUAUCCCAACCGGGGUAACACCUGUCUGGAGAACGGAUCAUUCUUACUGAACUUUACAGGCUGUGCAGUGUGCAGUAAGCGGGAUUUUAUGCUGAUCACAAACAAAUCCCUAAAAGAGGAAGAUGGAGAAGAAAUAGUGACCUAUGAUCAUCUGUGUAAGAAUUGUCAUCAUGUAGUGGCCCGGCAUGAGUAUACAUUCAGUAUCAUGGAUGAAUUUCAGGAGUACACCAUGCUGUGUCUGUUAUGUGGCAAGGCUGAAGAUACUAUCAGUAUUCUCCCUGAUGACCCUCGACAAAUGACUCUGUUAUUCUGAGACUCCUCCAGUUCUGUUAUGCCUGUGUUUGGUUGGUUUACAGUGCAGCAAGCCUGAUAGUUUAUCUCAUAGAGAAUGUUCUUUGUAUAUUUUUUUUCUUUCCUAGGCGUACGUGUUCUUUGAAACAGAAAGUGAUUCAAGGGAUUGUUGUUCCCUAGAGCUGAGUUCUAAUGCUGAGGUUCCCAGUCACGUGAGAGCAGCCACACUGAGACAUUUUUGUUAGCAGUCAUUUGGCCAGAAAAGAAUUUGAAUGAAUGCACACUUAGUGUCCAGAUCUUGGUUUCUCAUAAAAGAACCAGGAUUUCUUGGAAAGUGGUUGGUGGAGUAGGGCAGCAAAUAUGCAAGGUGGGCCUGAAGCAUCUUGGGCCUCCAGAAAUUAAAUUACUAAAAUUAUUUUAAAAUCUGUGAUUGAGCCAGGGAUUUAGCUCAGUGGUGCAGUGCCUACCUGGCAAGCAUGAGGUCCUGAGUUCGAUUUCUGGUACCCCCCCCAAAAAAAUAGGAGAGGUGGGUAUUUUCCCUAAGUAAAUAUAUAUUCCCUAAAUAAAUAUUUCUAAAAUCUGUCACUGACAAUAUGUCAAACAAAAGGGCCAAGUGAAGGAGUUCCCAGUGAUUAAAGCUGGACCUGAGACAGACAGGGAGCCUGACUCUCAUUUUCCCUGUGCCAGCUGGAGGGGCGGGGAUGUGACUGGGCUGGUUGCCAGCCUACCCCCUUGCUUCCCAUUGUCCCCCCGUGAACCCCAGUAAACUGGGUCAGUUUGCUUCCUUGUCCUUCCUGGCUGAUCUAGUGGUGUACUCAUUGGCUAUCAGACCACCAUUCUCCAGUCCAGCAUGAGUGCGGCCAGGCACAUGUGCCCUUUCUCCACACCUGCCACUUCGUGUGAAACUAAAGAACAGAGAGCGUACCCUGGAGUGGCUAAGAUCAGGAAGGGGGGAAUCUGGGCCUCUUAAUUGCAUACCCAGCAUUCGUAGCACACUUUCAGUCCUCGCCCUCACUGAAAUAGGCCUGUAAGCUGCUGUAUAAGCAGCAUUCCCCAACUGCGUAUAUAGGUUUUGAUAUGGAAGCGCUCCCUCCUGUGUACUGGCCUCCCUGUGCUAUAGCAGAGACCCUGCUAAAGACUUGCUUUGGUUUUCCUGUAAACCAUCUUAUGAUUUAUUUUUUGGGUAGUGUGGGCUCUAAAAAUCCUAUAAAUUUAUUUGGGAUUUUUAUCUUUGGAAUGCAGUUAUUUCCAAAGAAAGACAAAACAAAAAGCAAAAAAAACCCAGAGCUGCUGUUAACACAAAGGAGGUCCAGAGAGCAGCAGCCAACAGAGACCAGCAGCAGAUACCAGCACUCAGUAGGGUCAAUCUACAGUGUCCAGCACAAGCUGGCAUUGGACAGUGAAAGCCAGCAGCAGUAACCAGCAAGCAGCUGGCCGCGUCAACUGUAGGCAGCCAGCAUCACCUGGUGCCAUUGGCGCUGCUAGCAGAGCUGCCCUUUGCCAAGUCACGAUUUCUAUCUGAAUCGAGCAAAAGAACCCUAGGUUGAUUCGCAACAGAACAAUUUGAGCAACAAAAUGAAGUGGGAUUGGAUUUAUAACCUAAGCCACGUAAUAAAUAUCCAUGAGUUCACACUGACGUGACCAAGCAGAUGGGUGAAUGAAUAAAUGGGAGUAGACAAAUCUGUGCAGAAUUCUAAAUGAUUUCUGUAGAUAAGCCCUACUCUUUAAGGAUGUGCUGUGUAUAGUGACUUGUUUCCAAAGAGUGAAAAGGAGGGAAAAAGUAACUACCAAGAGGAAACCUGAUAAACAGUAGCUAAGCCAGAUGAUACCAUCACUAGCGUUAACCAUGUUGGUAGCACAUACCCUUAAUAAGAUGUGAGAAGAAUGGCAUUUACCCUGUGAUCUUCCAAAAAGCCACUGUAAUCAUGAGAAAAAAACAUACAAGUCCCAGCUGAGCCAAUUCUGCAAAAUACGUGACCAGUACCCCUCAAGACUAUCAAGGUCAUCAGAAACAAGGAAAGCCUGAGAAACUGUCAGAGGUAAAAAGAGCCUAAGGAGACGUGAUACCCUAAACGGGACCCUGCACCGAAAUGAUGGGAAAUCUGAAUAAAGUAUGGGCUUCAGUUAAUACCGUAUAAUGAGUAGAAUUCCUUCAAAGGGAUCUUGAAUAUCUUACUUGCAUUGUUGAAAGAGCACUGGCUUGGGGAUCAUAACCUGUAGCAUUUUGGCCUCUCUGCUGUUUGGUAGUAAUAUAACCAUUACACAUAGCAUUACCCUAGACUUCAUUGUCCUAGUUCUAUAAAUUUGGGCUGUUAUUCUUUCACAGUAAUGGUAGAAGAUUUGGGUACAUUAAUAAGUAUAAAAUACUUUGGAAAGCACAUAAAAUACUCAGCUGGGUGGCUUCAGUUUCUCAAAAUUAAAUGGGUCAGGCAUUAGAAACAAAAUUAUUUCCUCUUCAUAUUUAAGAGAUUUGGAAGUUCUGAGCUAAAGCUUUGCUUGUAUGAGGAAGGAAAAUAGGCGUGAAAGCCAUGCCUGGUAUAAGCCUGUAAUCCCAGCACUUGGGAGGCUGAGGCGGUAGGAUUGCCGCAAGAUCAGAGCCAGCAUGGGCUACAGUAGUGAGCUCAAGUUCUUCAGUUUCUGUGCUUGAGAAAACCAUGCUUCUGGACCACACUGUGUGGAGCCAUUAAAAAGAUCCUAAGACCACACAGAUCAGAAGAAAGGAAUAGGGCUAAGUAACUGAGAAAAUGCCUCCUCUUGAUACUGAUGUACUGUUCUACAGUGGCCAUCUGGAAGGUAAUGAAUGUCCUGUAAAAGAGUUCAGUGUUUGUGUGAGGGCUGAUCAUAGAGCAGGUGGUGUGUGACCACAUGGAGGAGAUUAUCGCCUUCCAUUUGAAGGAAGCAGGGUUGGCCACAAAAUAAAAUUGCUGAAGUAAGUGCAAAGAGAAAUUCUCAUAGAAUGCAGAGGAAAAGGCCGAAGAAAUUAAAAUGAACAAAGAAGAGAAAAAGGAAUGUAGAGGGCCUCUCCAGGAGGGAGGAUCUAUGUGUAACAGGAAUACUGGAAACAGAGCACAAAGCAAUAAAGCUGAAAUUGUAAUUAAGGAAGUAAUUGAAGAAAACUAUCCAGAGUUGAAGAAUGAAGUAGGCCUGCAAAUGAAGAAGGCUCACAGGGUAUCUUGAAUGAGAAGAAAACAACACCUAGAUAGAUCCUCAUUUGAUUUCAUGAGUAAAGAAAAAAUUUUACAAGUAAUCCAGACCAAGAAAUCAGGUUACAUAUAAAGGGACAAAAGUCAGAGUGACCUGAGAUAUUUCUCUUGCACUUCUAAAUGCCAGAACACAAUGGAACAAUGUCUUCGGAGUUUUAAGGGAAAAUACUUUUGAAUCGAACGGUAACACCCUGCCAAGUUAAUAUUUGUGUAUGAAAACAACUGGAAGACAUUCUCAGAUACCAAGGGGUUAAGAAAGUGUAUCAACUAAGAACCUCUGAAAAUUUUGCUGAAUUAUUUACUGCAACCAGUAGAAAAAAAGAGUAGAGAGAUAAUUGUAUGAAAGAUUCGAUGGUUAAAACUAACUAAGACCUGGGUGUGGUGGUACAUGCCUGUAAUCCCAGCACUCUGGAGACUGAGGCAGGAGGAUCUCCAUGAGUUCAAGGCCAGCCUGCACUACAGGGCAAGACUCUGUCCCUCGUUGGAGUUUGCAAAUACUUCCAACCUAGUCAUUCAAAGGCCAGUAGUAUAACCUUAUAUGCCCUUGCUGACAUCUUCAUCUAUUGCAGAAUGUAUAGCUAUAUGUGCUUUCAACUAUAAAUUAUAAAAAAUUAAAACAUAA